AUGUCUAGCAAGAACACUACUAAGAAAAUCGCCGCUCGGCCUGGGCCCAAACAUGGCGAGCCCCGUCCUAGUAGCAGGAAGCACCGUGACGACGAUGACAUCAGGUCACAAAGCGACGCCGGGUAUUCCUCUGUGACGCGCAUCUCAGGCUACCGGCAUGAGGGACACAAACUCUCCAAAGGGCUUCAGCGACUCGAGGAUGAUGACUUGCCAUCAGUCGACCCUCGACUCCAGCGAAGAGCGGAGCCACCCCGUCACAAUUUGGAUUCGCUGCCACCAGCAGAACGUCCGCCACUGGUUAGGAGCCUAACAGCGGUGCCUUACCUGGCCAUAUAUGAGCAUUGUGUGUUGCUUCGCAAACAUGGGAUCUCGGUGACGCUGGGGCCGGAGGUAUUCAGAACCAUAACUCAACAAGGCGGUAUUGAACCACGGCCAAUGAGCUAUGGCUACACCUGCGGCGCUCACAACGGCCCCGUUGAUGUACACAAUCCAUCUGCACAAGAGAAGCAAGCCGUCACCGAAGCCAUCAUUUUUGUCCUGGAUUGUGGGGGAGAAGUUUUCAUGACCGGCUUCGAUCCUCAGCCAGUCAUGCGGUGCAGUGCUUGCUCCAACCCCAUCCCCAACCCCGUCUCCAGUCCUGUCUCCCGCCCUACCUCCAUGCGAAGAGAUAUGGAUGAACACAGUAACCGCAACUCGUUCCAGAAUGGUCAAGGAUGUCACCCAGGAACAUACGAGAACAACCCCCAAGGCACUAUCCCGAUCGGCCUCGCCAACGGCUACGACACCGGCCGCUCUGAGGGCAAUUGGCCGGGUCAUGGCCGGUGA